AGAGAGAUAAAGAUGUGAGACAAUGAAAGAAUAUCUAUUUGAAGAAAAACGAUGAAAGGAUAUCUUUGUUAUCCUUUGACAGCUUAUCAUUGACAGUACUAUUAUUUUUUAAUAAUUUCCUUAUUAAGAAACUUUUGUGUUUCAUAAAACAAUUGGGUUCAUGCACCAAACCCUAGCAGGAUUAAACUACACUUCAUCUAUUGUCGCUGGAAGAAGCAAAACUUCUAGAGGGAAGAAGGAGAGAAUGAAAAGGAGAACAACUAGAGUGAUCCAAUCUUCAAUAGAUCCAUAGACAUGCUACGUUGCUAAUUCGACAAUAGCAUCAAUUCGAUGCCUCAUGUUUCGAUGCCUUCAUACUGCAACGAUAUAUAAACAGGCAAUAGAUUGACGACACAGAAGAGGAUUCAUCACAAAACACAAUGGCGUAUGGUAGCUCAAGAUCUGUCAGAUUUUAUGAUGAUGUUGAAGUUGCAAAACCAACAAAAUGCAAUGCAAACAAUUUGGCCAAACGUACAUACAACAUUUAUGGGGCAUGGAGACGGAAAUCAGGAUCAAAGAUCUGUCCCGAGAAGCCCAGCAAAUCAUUCAAGGAGAAACUACUGUCUCGAGUCUUCUCGGAGGAUUAUGAAUCUUUAAUGAGUGUUGAGAGGAAGUUCUUAGAUCCUCAUGGACGCAUAAUUCAAGGAUGGAACAAAACAUUCUUGGUGGCAUGUCUGGUUUCACUCUUCCUUGACCCUCUGUUUUUUUACCUGCCCAGAACUCAGAGAGCAGUGUGCAUAGAAAUAGGGGUACCACUUGAAGUAGCUCUCACAGUGCUACGCUCCCUAGCAGAUGUGUUCUAUGCUGUUCAAAUCUUUGUUCGCUAUCAAACAGCAUUUGUAGCUCCAUCCUCUCGGGUAUUUGGGAGAGGCGAGCUUGUUAUUGAUUCCUACAAGAUUGCUUCAAGGUAUCUAUCCAGGGGCUUCUGUCUAGACUUCAUUGCUGCGUUGCCUCUUCCACAGUUUCUGAUAUGGAUUGUCAUUCCCAACCUAAGAGGUUCCACAAUGGCUCAUACGAAGAACCUCCUUCGCUUUAGCAUCAUCCUGCAGUACCUCCCAAGGCUAUUCUUAAUAUUUCCACUCUCAAAGCAAAUUGUAAAGACAACAGGAGUGAUGACUGAGACUGCAUGGGCAGGAGCUGCAUACAACCUCGUACUCUACAUGCUUGCAAGCCAUGUUCUAGGAGCAUGUUGGUAUCUUCUGUCAAUCGAGCGACAAGAAGCAUGCUGGAGAGAGGCCUGCCAUCUUGAAAGCUCAUCUUGUCAGUACCAAUAUUUCGAUUGUAGAAGCAUCGACAAUUCUUCGAACAACUGGUAUCAAUCAAGCAAUAUAACAGAUCUAUGCGACCCAAAUAAGAAUUUCUAUCAGUUUGGGAUCUAUGCUGAUGCAGUGACCUUUAAUGUCACAUCCUCACCAUUCCUCCAGAAGUACUUUUACUGCUUCUGGUGGGGACUGAAGAAUCUAAGCUGUCUGGGACAAAAUCUCUCAACAAGUACAUAUGUAGGAGAAAACAGCUUUGCCAUUAUUAUCGCCAUUGUUGGAUUGGUGCUCUUUGGUUUGCUCAUUGGCAAUAUGCAAUCCUAUCUCCAAGCAACAACAGUCCGAUUGGAGGAAUGGAGGCUCAAGAGGACUGACACGGAGCAAUGGAUGCGUCACCGGCAGCUGCCACCAGAGUUGAAGCAGUCCAUUCGAAGAUACCAAGAGCAUAGAUGGGUGGCAACCCAAGGGGUGGACGAAGAAGAACUGCUUCAGGACCUUCCCACGGAUCUGCGCAGAGACAUCAAGCGCCAUCUAUGUCUCGACUUGGUUCGAAGGGUGCCGCUGUUCGAUCAGAUGGAUGAUCGAAUGCUGGACGCCAUCUGCGAGCGGCUGAAGCCGGCCCUCUACACGCAUGGCACAUACCUCGUUCACGAGCUCGACCCCGUCAACGAGAUGCUGUUCAUCAUCCGGGGCUACCUCGACUCCUACACCACCAACGGCGGCCGCACCGGCUUCUUCAACUGCUGCCGGAUCGGGCCCUCCGAGUUCUGCGGCGAGGAGCUACUGACGUGGGCGCUCGAUCCCCGUCCGGCGGCCUUCCUCCCCUCGUCGACGCGCACCGUCCAAGCGGUGUCGGAGGUGGAAGCAUUCGCGCUGGUGGCCGAUGACCUCAAGUUCGUCGCCUCGCAGUUCCGGAGGCUCCAUAGCAAGCAACUUCGGCACACGUUCAGGUUCUACUCCUACCAGUGGCGCACCUGGGCUGCCUGCUUCAUACAAGCAGCAUGGAGGCGCCAUAAGCGCCGGAGGCCCUCCAUCGAGCUCGAUCUCGAUGACGCGCCGCUUGAGUUGAUGGAGUCGCGGAGAGCGCCAGACCCGGGGACGGGGGCCGCCGUAUUCGUGGCGCGUUUGGUGGCCAGCACGAGGAGGGAAGGCGGCGAGGCAUCAUUGGUGCCGGAUUGUGGCUUGAAGAAGCCAUCGGAACCAGAUUUUUCUGUGGAGGAAGACCGCUAGCUUAUGCUAACCGACGCUCGGUGUAAGUACGUAGUCAAGAAGGAGAAUACUGUGGGAGUGGAAUAUGUACCUUGUUUAACAACCUUUUUAACCUGGUCAAGUAAUAGCAGGUCAUGACUCAUGCCCCUCUAUCUACAAACUGGAGAUUACAUACAUAUUUGACUCACUUAAAGAAUUUGGACUUCAAUA